GAAUGACACCAAGGAAGAUGUGUUUGUCCAUCAGACUGCCAUAAAGAAGAAUAACCCCAGGAAGUACCUCCGCAGCGUAGGAGAUGGAGAGACCGUGGAGUUUGAUGUGGUUGAAGGAGAAAAGGGCGCGGAGGCAGCUAACGUUACAGGUCCUGGAGGAGUUCCAGUGCAAGGCAGUAAAUACGCAGCAGACCGUAACCAUUACAGACGAUAUCCAGUCGUAGGGGUCCUCCACGCAACUACCAGCAAAAUUAAGAAUAGUGAGAGUGGGGAAAAGAACGAAGGAGCAGAGAACAUCCCAGAAGGUCAAGCCCAGCAACGCCGUCCCUAUCGCAGGCGGCGGUACCCACCUUACUACAUGCGUAGGCCCUACGGGCGUCGACCACAAUAUUCCAACCCUCCCGUGCAGGGAGAGAUCGUGGAGGGUGCUGACAACCAGGGUGCAGGAGAACAAGGCAGACCAGUCAGGCAGAACAUGUAUCGAGGUUAUAGACCACGAUUUCGCAGGGGUCCUCCUCGUCAAAGACAGCCUAGAGAGGAUGGGAACGAAGAAGAUAAAGAGAACCAAGGGGAUGAGACCCAAAGUCAGCAGCCACCUCAACGUCGGUACCGUCGUAACUUCAACUACCGACGCAGACGCCCAGAGAACCCUAAACCACAAGAUGGCAAAGAGACGAAGACAGCCGAACCACCAGCUGAGAACACGUCCGCUCCCGAGGCCGAGCAGGCGGGGCUGAGUAAAUACCGGCUUACCAUCUCUACCAUCAUCCGGUUUAGUCAUCAAAGAAAAGACUUAAGAAAUGAAGAAGAAAAGAAAAUGAAAUUCCAGCAAUAAGAAAUGAGCAAAAGAAUUGGAACUGAAGACCUUAAGUGCUUGCUUUUUGCUGUUGACCAGAUUACUAGAACUAUCUGCAUUAUCUAUGCAGCAUGGGGUUUUUAUUAUUUUUACCUAAAGAAGUCUCCUUUUGGAAACGAUAAACACGUUUUUUAAAAGCCUGUUUUUUCUCAAUAUACCUUUAAAGGUUUUUAAAUUGUUUCAUAUCUGGUCAAGUUGAGAUUUUUAAGAACCUCAUUUUUAAUUUGUAAGAAAUAAUACACCUGAUUUUUUCAAGUCAAACUGCAAGCAUCUGUUAAUAAAGGUCUUAAAGAAUUA